AUAUAUGCGUUUUCUCUAUUCAUUUCUGCAUGUAACUUAAAAAGUCACCUCUAGUUCUCUGUGGCUCAUUCGUAAGUGCUAAAAUAUUCUGGCCUAAUUUAUUUUUAACCUUUGGGAACCAAUAGCAGGGAUUCUUUCUUUUAUGUCACGUAAAAAUAACUUAAAAGGAACAAUAAUGAUCAUCAGAGGAUAACUUAAAUGACUCGUAGGAUUCACAUAAACACGUGCUUACUUUGAUUGACACGUGAUAACUAAUCGUUGAGGAACUAAUUCAGUUACCCUCCAAGUGCCAAAAGCGAGACACACACGCCUCUUUCGUGCCCGAACCCGGAAGUAGCGAUGGGCGGAGGAGUGGCUCAGCUAGUUGUCAGCUAGCGGCUAUCGCUCGAAGAAGGGACUUUCCUCCGCCGCAUGACUUAUGACAUUUCCCCGCGUACUACGACAACUACUUGAUGCUUGACGACAUGAAAUCAUGUAAUUCUCCUCAAAUUUGGGAUUUCUUCCACUCGAGCUUGUAUUGGUGCUGCUCAGACCAAAAGAACAGGAGUAGCUCCUGUUACUUUUAGUAAUUUUUUACAUUUUCUCACCGCGGGUUUCCUCUCGUGACAUGGAGGGCUAGACCCCGGCAAAGGAGAUGCCUUGAAGGAGGGGGAGAGGUUUGAGAUGUUUGUAGUCUGUAUGUGUGUCUGGGAGUGUUUUGUUAAUGCUAUACAGUGACACCUUGACUUGCGAGUUAAAUCUGUUCCGUGACUACGCUCGUUACUCAAAAUGCUGUUCAUCUUUUCCAGCAACCCAAAAAAUACUUGUAACAAAUUUUUUAAACAUGUUUCAAGAAAAAAUAGCACUCUACAUUGUUGUACUUGUAUAAAAAUAUACAGUACUAACAACAUAAAAGCCUGUGCAGAAUUAAACAGUGGUUAUUGUGCUGCUCAUUCUGGUGUGUGCACCUUGGCCACCAGGGGGGGCAGUAUAAUAUAGACAUACCACAUAGAUUUGGUAAUAAAAGAAGACUGUCGCAACUAAGAUGCAGAUUCUGUAUUAGUCAUUUUUGGCCAAGGAUAAUGAUUAUAUACCUGUGAGUUGUUUAUGCAUGUGUUGCUACCACUUAUGAUCAAUUAUCAGUUGCUUAUAGGUUGACAAUUGACAUAACAUCAAUGCGAGUUCCAUUAGCCCGUCUACGCCAUUUUGCAUUGUGUGUUGGCAUUAAGCUGCAAGUUAAUUGCAGUUUGGUGAAAUACAAAAUGUGUAUAGUAAUUCUUUUAUUUUUAGGUUUAGUUUUUCAGUAAACCUCAACUGGGAGUGGUAAUAAACAGCAUGAUACUUUUUCUUUCCCCACUAAUGGCCUAACUGCUGGAUGUUUUGACGUUCGCUCCCACGAUCAAGUGCUCGUUACUAAAAUUUUUGCUUUCAACUCAAGACAAUAAAAUCGGCCGAGUGACAGCUCAUAGCUUGAAAAACACUUAAUUCCAGGUACCACUGUAUUUUACUAUAUUUUGAAUAAACAUGCACAUGACAGAUGUACAAGAAUUUUACAUUGAUCCGGGCUGAUUUGGCGUUUUUAAUCCCCUUUUAUUUGUUUAUUGUAACCUUUUUUUAAUUUAUUAAUUUUUUAUAAUUGUUUAAAAUUUAUUUUUGAUGGGGAUAGAUGGGUGCUAUCCCUUUUUUGUCCCUUUAGUUUCCUUUUUACUGUCUGCUCUCAGUGUGUGUGAGUGACACAUCUCAAACAUCUCCCCCUCAUGAGGGGCAUCUUCUACUCCUCUUCAUCAUCCAAAAACAUGGAGACUCUCGUUCAACUCAAAAACAAUCCAUUUCUGAUGGGUCUGUGUCGCAACGGACCCCCGUCUGACCUUCAGUAUGACAACUCCUCAGAGCUGUUCCGCAUCUCCACCUUCGCCCGCUUCCCGCCGUCGCCCGUCACCGAGCGCAGCCUGGCGCGCGCCGGCUGGUUCUACACGGGCGUGGGCGACCGCGUGCAGUGCUUCCGCUGCAAUGUGACAGCCGAGGAUUGGCUGGCGGGCGACUGUCCGGCCGAGAAGCACCGGCAGCUGUCUCCGUCCUGCUCCUUCGUGCAGAGCCUGCCGUCCGCCGCCAACCUGCUCUCCUCCUCGCACUCGGCCUUCUCGCCGUUGCGCGUCGCCCCAGCUGUGCCGCUUCCUGGUCCAGGCCCGGCCGCCUUGAACCCCGCGGGAGGUCCGGGCGAGGAGCCGGCGGGCUACCUGAACACGGGCUUCUCCGGGCCACCGCCACCCUCCAGCCCACUCAGCUCUCGCGGCGUGGAGGACAUGUCGCACCAGCGUCCCACCUGCCACAACCCGGCCAUGCGGCGGGAGCAGGACCGCCUGGACUCAUUCCACGCGUGGUCGCUGUCCAUCAUCACGCCCACCGAGCUCGCCAAGGCCGGUUUCUACUUUCUGGGGCUGGGCGACCAUGUUGCCUGCUUCAGCUGCGGCGGGCAGCUGAGCAACUGGGAGCCGGGCGACCGCGCGUCGUCGGAGCACCAGCGCCACUACCCCAACUGCCGCUUGGUGCGGGGCGACCGCACCGACAAUGUGUCGCUGGCAGGCGCGCCUCCCGCCUCCUCCUCGUCCUCCUCGCAGCUCUCGUCCGCUGCCCUAAACAACGUGUCCAACCCGUCCAUGCAGCAGAACGACGAGCGGCUCCUCACCUUCGUCAACUGGCCCACGCGCAUCCCCGUCAGGCCCGAGCAGCUCGCCAAGGCGGGAUUCUACUAUGUCGGUCGCAAUGACGACGUGAAGUGCUUCUGCUGCGAUGGAGGUUUGCGCUGUUGGGAGUCAGGAGAUGAUCCCUGGGUGGAACACGCCAAAUGGUUUCCACGGUGUGAGUAUUUGCUGCAGGAGAAAGGUCAAGAGUUUGUGCACCAGAUUCAGGCGCGCUUCCCCCGACUCUUUGAGCAGCUUCUGACAAAUGGGGACAACAGCUCCAGAGAGUUUGUGGAUCCACCAGUAGUGCACCUUGGACCAGGCGACGAGCGCUGUGAGGACGCGGUGAUGAUGAACACACCGGUCAUCAAGUCGGCCCUGGAGAUGGGCUUCGAGCGCGGCCUGGUUAAGCAGACUGUGCAGAGCAAGAUCCUCAGCAGCGGCGAGAACUACCGCACCGUCCAGGAACUGGUCUCAGACCUGCUCAGCGCCGAGGACCAGAAAAGGGAGGAGGAGCGGGAGAUGAUGGCCGAGGCCAUGGCGUCGGAUGGUUUCACGUUUGUGAAGCGACACCAGACAGCUCUGGUGCAGCGGCUCAAAAGCGUGGAGCCUGUGUUGGAACAUCUCCGAGAGCAAAAUGUGCUCAGCGCUGAGGAGUACGGCGGGCUGCAGGCGCAGACGUCCGCACAGCAGCAGACUGCUCGUCUCAUCGAACUGGUCCUCACCAAAGGCAACGCGGCUGCCGAAGUUUUCCGCAACUGGAUCCAAAAGAAUGACGUGCACCUGCUAAGAGAGCUCAUGGCUCAAUCCAACGAAGCGGCAUCCCCUAGCCAGGACCUGUCUGGUCUCCCCAUGGAGGAGCAGCUCAGGCGUCUUCAGGAGGAGCGAACGUGCAAAGUGUGCAUGGACAAGGAGGUCAACAUCGUGUUCAUCCCGUGUGGACACCUGGUGGUGUGUAAGGAGUGCGCACCGUCCCUGCGCAAGUGUCCCAUCUGUAGAGGCCUAGUCAAAGGCACCGUGCGCACCUUCCUUUCAUAAAAUGUGCCCCACCGCUAUCUUGUUCUAACUUCACUGAAUGUAACUAAUAGCUUUCUACAAGAGCCCCUUUCAUACCUACCGUCAAAUAAAACAGUUGAAUCGCUACCCACAUGCUUUGUGUUGAAGGCAAUUGUCAUCCCUGCGUACAAACUUGUGUGAAAAGCAGGAUGGAUUCAUUCACCAAUUUGCCAAGAGGACAAGUUCUAACCACCUUCAUGGCCAUCAGAGAAUAUUCAGUUGUGCCGUACACUUACUCUCGCCCCAUUUCCUGGCGCAGUCAUGAAAGACCUGGCUGAGCCGACAAUUUGCUGCCCGUGUGUAAUCGACAAGUGUCAAGAAUUAGCAUUCGUGCUUAAACACAAGAAACAAUGCAUGUCUUGUCCAAUGUUUUUGCAAUGUGCAUAUCUAAUAAAACAAUGUGACUCACAAAGGGGAUGGCAGGAACCUGUAACCAGAGGAUGAAAUUUAGCAUUUCCACUUUUGUUGGAAGCUGCUGUCACGCAUCUACUUAUCUCAAUAUGGAAAGGCGCAGCAGCUGAGUGAAAACCCAAGACAGUCAUAGAUCACUCAGCUUUUUCAGCAUCACACAUUUGGUUAGGAUACAUGUGGUUAUCUGGGACAAAUGCUUUCAACAAAGCGGUGUGGGCAGCGAAAGCACAUUUAACUUUGAUGUGACGCCAGCAAGACUGGACCUCCCACAUUAAUACCUUUCACUAAUGAUUAAUAAAUGAAAGGCUAGUCUAGCUGAGAACAGUCAGCAUCACAACAAUAAUACUCAAAAGAAAAUGUAUGGAUUUCUGAUUUGUAUAAAGGAAAUGAACUUUUUCUGCUAACCCUUGUGUGUUCCAAGUUGUGAAUACAAACAGCAGUACAUAUCCAGGCUUGGUUUAUACAAAUAUUUAUUAGCCCACAAGUCUCUCUUCCACCAUUUCAGAUGAUUCCAAUCUGUAGAAAAGCAAAUAAAAAGGGAAAUGUUAGAUGGGGAAACAAAAUGGUUAUUGCAAUGUCAUCACUUACGAGUCCUGGCAUCAGUGGUUCCUUUGAACACAUCACUAACAUUCAGACGGGAUAUUUUGACAUCACAUGCUCAGAACUGACUCACUAUUUAUUAUUUUUUUUAUCUUAGACUCACCUUGUUUGCGACGUCCAAAGCAUCAUAGUCAGGCGCCAGGCGGACGUACGCCUUCUUUUCGCCGUCCGGCCUGAAAGCAAGCCGGGAUUAAAACUCCAGGCAACUUUUGGUGUCAUUGGCCAAACGGCGUUUGAACGUACGCACCUGAUGAGCGUGUUGACUUUGGAGACGUCGAUGUCGUACAGUUUCCUGACGGCGUGUUUGAUCUGGUGCUUGUUGGCUUUGACGUCCACGAUGAACACCAGCGUGUUGUUGUCCUCGAUCUUCUUCAUGGCCGACUCGGUGGUCAACGGGAACUUGAUGAUGGCGUAGUGAUCCAACCUGGAGACGGGUCAUUUAUUUUUAGUCCAAAUCUCUCUAAUUACAUGUUAAGCAUUACCUAGUUACUGUUAUAGUUAAGGUGCAUCAGUCGUAUAAAAAAAUGGAAUCACAAUGGUCAUACUUUGAUCGCUUUAAAGCAUCACUUGCACCACUCUUUCCACCAUCAGGGAGGGUCUUACUUGUUCCUGCGGGGGGCACUCUUGCGGGGGUACUUGGGCUGUCGGCGCAGGCGGAGGGUCUUGGGUCGACGGAAUGUUGGAGAGGUCCGGAUCUUCUUCUUCUUCUGGCUGUGGACGCCCUUCAGCACGGCCUUUUUGGCCUUUAGAGCCUUCGACUUGGCCUCCGUCUUGACGGGGACGGCUGAACGUGUUAAAAAAAAAAAAAAGUCACGCUACCGUUAAUUGGUAAAUAAUAGUAAAAUUAGCAACUCCACUUACAGUUAACAUUUUAUUUAAUUGUUAACUUCUAAUUGUUAAUACAAUACAAAAUAGGAAUUCUGAGGGGUUGUCGUACAGUUUUUGUUUGUUCGCAGCUAUAAUCGUUUUUGUUUACAGAGUAAUUAUUGUACGUUUAUUUUUUGCUAAAGAAAUGCAAAAUGUUUAGUGAGCUUUUUACAAAAGAGAAGGUGCCACACUCCACCCAUUGCUAGGUAAAGUGCAUCAUUUCCGCGGCAUUAUUUUCACUACAUCAUUUACAGUGCCCCACAAAGUGGGCCAGCGUGAGAAAUGAAUCGGGCAUUCACUUAAUACGAAAAAACAAAUAUUGAAAAAUACAGCAAGAUGUUAGAGGAGCUUAAUCAAUGCUUAAAAGAAAGACUUGAAAAAAAGUUACAUACUGCAGGUGAAAAUACAAUUUUAAACAUUUGCACAUAUUUUAUUUGUUUGGUGCCUUUUUUCCACUAAAAUUGGUCAAUUGGGACACUAAUUCUUACUUGCCUAUCAUUGAAUGUUAAUUUAUUGUAAAUACUAAAAAAAAUUUCUUAAUUUGACAACAAAAAAAUGUAAAUACAAUUUUAUGAAGCAGCAUGAAUUCUAUUUAUUUGAUGGAGCAAUUGUUCCUAAAAUUGGUUAGUUAGAAUUUUUCAUUCCUACCCGAAUCAGAAUCUUAAUUUGCUAA